AGCUAGAGCUUUGUUUUGAUUAAACUUGCAUGUUUUAUAAAAAAAGUGUAGAAGAAAUGAGAUUCUUUUGUUGCCAGAUGCCUUCUGUCAGAUAUUUUCUGCUUGUUGUUUGUUUUCUCGUACGGUUUGCAGCAGCUCCACCUAAGUCACCAAAAAAGAGUAAAUGUUAUUAUGCCCACUGUGGUCUAUCUAACAUUACAGGAGUAUGCAGAGGAAGUGUCAUUAAUACCAUUGAUUGUGCCCCAAAUAUUGAAGUACUAAAAUGGACAGCAGCAACUGGAACAGAAUCUUGUAAGAAAAGGGCUUGCUGUAAAGACACCGACACCUUUCCAAGCACUACAUUUUGUGUUCGCCUAGAGCCAGACUGCAAAUACAUCAAGGAUCUUAGCAACCAAGGAAGCUCGCUGGCGUGUGACAAUAUAAUUGACGCGGCUGCAAGCCUGCCGACAACAACAACAACAACACAGCCAACAACUGCACCUAUAUCACCAACUACUGCACCUAUACCACGAGCUACAACACAGCCAACAACUGCACCUAUACCACCAACAACUGCACCUAUAACACCAACAACUGCAACCAUAACACCAACUACUGCACCUAUAACACCAAUAACUGCAACCAUAACACCAACAACUGCAACCAUAACACCAACAACUGCAACCAUAACACCAACUACUGCACCUAUAACACCAACAACUGCAACCAUAACACCAACAACUGCAACCAUAACACCAACAACUGCCCCAAUACCAGCAACUACAACACAGCUGAUAACAACACUUAUCACAAGAACUACAACUACACCGGCGACAACAACACCGACCGCAAAAACCACUACACAACCGGUAUCGACAUCAGUCACACUAAAAACAACACAAAUAGUAACAGCAACAAUUCCCCUUGUAACAACCCCUGAUCCAGUUUUACUUCAAAUAGUUUCAACUGACAGCAAUUCAUCUCCCAUAACGUCACUGAUCUCAACACAAACUGGCACAUUACCUAUUCUAUCUAUCACUACACCAAUAUUACCCAUUACACCACCCAUACAACAACCCACAACCCAAAAAACAUCUCUUUUAUCAUUACCAACACCGCCUAACCCACCAGUAAUAAAUUCAACGAAAGGAUUAAAGCCAGUUAACAUUCUCCCCCACAUUAAAUCUCCUAAGCCAUAUUUCCCUGGUAAGUUUAAUUAUCAAUGUGUGAAGAAAUAAAUGUGUCCUAAAAAUAAGUAAUACUUUGCAUGCACUUAACACUACCAAAUCCAUUACUUUUUGAUAAAAAAGUCCUACUUGUCCCAAACUCCCAACACUUAUGUUGCCGCAUAGUAGCAUUAUACAAUUUAACAAAAUGUGGAAUGAAACUAGCAUGCAAACUAACUUAAGCAUGAACAUAGAAAAAAAUGAUGUAAAAC